AUGGCGUCGCCCCUUCUCCUCCUCCUCGUGUCCGUCGCCCUUCUGCCGUCCCCCGCGCUGUGCCAAUACUCGACAAUAGGCCUCCCGGUAGCAAUAGUAGCCGGAGGCGUGUACGAUCCUCUCACAGGUGACACCACGUCCCAGGUAUGGGAGAUUAAUCUCCGAACGCGUCGCGAGAUAGGCUAUUCCAGCAAACCCGACAGCAACGCUAACGCGCAGCUCACUUCCUGCGGCGUCGCGACAGACGGCAAGGCCUAUAUAUCUUCAGGCGGCUCGUACCUAAACGUGAUUAACUACACCCUAGACGGCGCGGUGCCGCUACCGCCCCUGGCUCUCCCUGGCGGGUUUUCAGGAACCGUUGUAGCGCUUGGGGGACCUUCGGAGAACCUUCUGGUUGUAGCGGACGGGUCGGAUACAGCUGCGGGUGCGGUUUCAGUAAACCGCGCGACGGGCUCGUCGCGCCAGCUCGUCGGAGCGGGUUACCAGUGUCUUUCCGCUUCGUUCUGCUCCUCGCCAGCCGCCUCCCCGUCGAAUUUCCUCGUGCUCACCUGCCACGUCACGGCUGACGAUUCUGACGUGGUGGUGAUUGUGCCGAUAGAUCCGGCGACCGGGAAUUUCCAAGCCAGCUCGGCGAUUAAGAUGCUCUCCGCGUCGUACGCGGCGCGGCAGGCCGUCUGUUCUCCCGGCGGCGGCUUCUUAGCCGUUCUCCGGUACGACUCGAACAUUCUCUACACGUACGCGCUUCCGCUCGCGGGAACCGCGCUCCCUUCGCCGCUAUCAACAACAGUGCUGACGUCAGGCACGCCCGGAUCGCUCGCCGUGGAUCCGCAGAAUAAGAACGUGCUGGUUACCAGCGCCGCGAAUUACGGCGGCACGUCUACGCUCAUGGCGUCCCGAGGCGCGACCUUUUUGGGGACUAUGGACGCGGUAGAUUUCACGGAGACGGGAGGAUGCGCUUCGGCGGCGUUCUUCGGUUCCUUCCAAUACUCCACCGCCGCAUCUGACGGCGGAGAUCUCGCAGUGUAUCCCAGCAGCUCGCCCGUGGCGCUUCUCGCGCUUCCCGAAGGCGUGUACGCGAUGGCGCUGCAAGCGGACGGCGCGGUUUCGACGGACACCACGGGAUUCGUGCCGCUCGGGAGUACCGACGCGGGUUCGAGCUUUUUCUCCAGCGCGGUUUGCGUUCAGCGAUUCGUCGCGAAUCCCUCGCCGCCGCCUCCUCCCCCACCAAGCCCUCCGCCGCCUCCGCCGUCUCCACCGCCGCCGCCUAAACCGCCCAGUCCGCCGAAACCGCCUUCCCCGCCGCCGCCGCCCAAGCCGCCGAGCCCGCCGCCGAAACCGCCUUCGCCGCCGCCGCCAUCUCCGCCGCCGAAGCCGCCUCCCAGUCCACCUCCCUCGCCGCCCCCCUCUCCGCCUAGUCCCCCGCCUCCCCCCAGCACCGCCACCACCACCGCCGUUUCUUCCUCGCCCCCUCCGCUUCUCUCGUCCCCGCCCCCCCCACUCGUCACUUCCUCGCCCCCUCCGCUUGUCUCUUCCCCGCCCCCUCCGCUCGUUGCCUCUCCGCCUCCACCUGUCGCGUCUCCCCCUCCGCUCGUCGCUUCCCCGCCCCCACUUGUCGCGUCUCCCCCUCCGCUCGUCGCUUCUCCGCCUCCACCUGUCGCGUCUCCCCCUCCACUGGUAUCCUCCCCUCCACCGCCCAACCCUCCGCUUCCGCCGUCUCCGCCGCCUCCGCCAAAACCCCCAAGUCCCCCGCCGCCGUCUCCCCCUCCCUCACCACCGCCCGCACCCCCUCCACCCCCACCUCCCUCCCCUCUUCUUUCCCCUCCCCCUGUCAAUUCUCCGCCUCCCCCUGUCAGUUCUCCGCCUCCCCCUGUGUAUUCUCCGCCACCCCCUGUGGAUUCCCCCCCUCCCCCGCUGCCCCCGCUUGCGGUAGCGGUCUCGAGCACUCUCUCCCCGCCCCCGCCCCCGCCAGUAGUCGAAUCCGUUACAAGCAGCCCGCCUCCACCUACUGCCCCAAAGAAAAAGCCGGCGCCCAAGAAGAAAAAGUCGACGUCCAAGAGUGGGAGCGGAGGCGCAGGGGCGACUGCAUCCUCGCUAUCAGCUGACGUGUUUGGCGCGUCAGGCGCCGCGACGUGCAAGCUGGGGGUGCGGCAGAAAUGCCUGACGCGGCUCGUGUGCCAAGACGCGCUGGACGUGGGAGGGUGCUCGUGCCUUCGCGAGGCUGGUUCGCCGUCGUGCACGAUUACCCGCAAGUGCAUGGUGCCAGCAGCAUGCCCUGUGAAAGCGCUCUGCACAGCUCCCACUGACGGCUCGUCCCCUACCUGCUCGUGUGCGGCGGGCUUUGCGCCUCUCAAGGCAGCAGCAGAGGACACAGUGUUCGACUUCUGUGCUCGCACCCGCUGCAGCAGCUCUCUCGCGUUCAUUGGAUUCGACUGUGCGCCUCCAAGCUCCGUGGUUUGA